AACUAAAUACAGGCAUAGCCUUUUUUUUUUCUUUUCCCUUUUUUUUUUCUUAAAUCCUUUUUUUUUCUGGUUUAUAGUUAUUGAGCUGUAUAUAUAUAGACAUAUAUAGCUAGCUUCCUUGUAAGUACUGCAAGUUAUCUCCAACAUCCUAUUCCAUCUAGUCGACUAAGGAAGUCUAUUUCUAGGGCUUGAUCCAAAGAAAUUGAUGAAGAAACAGCAAGUGGUAGUCAGAAGAGAUGGGUCGUCCCGGAGGAGCUCAAGCAGUACUUCAUCUUCAAUGGUUAGAACUGUGAGGUAUGGGGAGUGCCAGAAGAAUCACGCUGCAAAUAUCGGAGGGUAUGCGGUAGAUGGAUGCAGAGAAUUCAUGGCAAGUGGGCAGGAGGGCACGGCGGAGGCGCUGACUUGUGCUGCCUGCGGCUGCCACCGGAAUUUUCACCGGAGGGAAGUGGAAACUGAGGUUGUUUGUGAGUAUACUCCACCCAAUAAUUCUUAUCAACAAUAAUACUGCCUGCUUUCAUAAUUGAACGGCGUGUAUAGGACUGAAUGAAGAAGGGUCUUUGAUUUCUCUGAAAGUAGUUAACUGAUUGAUGCCAAAGAUUGUGAAUUCUGAAUUGAUUUGCCAACCUCUAUGCAUAUGACUCUAAGAUGGUAAUCAAACUUUGAUUUGAUUGUCGAAAGGAAAAGUUUCUCUAUAUCAUGUUGUACAUGUUCGCAUGUCUUCUUAUUAAUAUAUUGCUUUAUAUUCAUGAA